CGUGUGAGGUGGCCACUACACUGACUGCUGCGCUCUCGAAGGGUGGGUGCUCCUUUGUACACAAACGAGAUCCGGGAGCUGCCUGUUCUAUUCCGCAAACGCUCAGAGGAAAACGGUGAGGCAGAAAGCCGUGGGCGGAAAGAGAAUUCAGGUUGUUGAAGACCCUAGGGAACUUUCACUUGAAAGGAAAUAACAUUGAAGGUUAAAGUCAAAGAAUUUCCUUUUCCAUAGAUUAGAUGGCGUCAGUGAAUGACUCUCGCCUUCAGCAGCAGCCUGCCCAGAAGGAUGCGGCUGACCAGAACUUUGACUACAUGUUCAAGCUGCUGAUCAUUGGCAACAGCAGUGUGGGGAAGACCAGCUUCCUGUUCCGCUAUGCUGAUGACUCCUUCACCUCAGCCUUUGUCUCCACUGUGGGCAUAGACUUCAAGGUCAAGACCGUCUUCCGCAAUGAGAAAAGGAUAAAGCUACAGAUAUGGGACACAGCGGGACAGGAGCGCUACCGUACCAUCACCACAGCCUACUACAGAGGAGCCAUGGGCUUCCUGCUCAUGUAUGACAUCACGAACCAGGACUCCUUCAACGCAGUUCAGGACUGGGCAACUCAGAUUAAGACAUACUCUUGGGACAACGCACAGGUGAUCCUGGUGGGAAACAAGUGUGAACUGGAGGAUGACAGGCUCGUCCCCACAGAGGAAGGCCAGAGACUGGCCGAAGAUCUUGGGUUCCAGUUCUUCGAGGCCAGCGCCAAGGACAACAUCAACGUGAAGCAGGUGUUUGAGCGGCUGGUAGACGUCAUCUGUGAGAAGAUGAACGAGAGCAUGGGCGGAGAUGCCAACCUGUUGUCCAAUCACAGGAGCACCAGUCUACAGGACUCGCCUCCAGAGAACCAUGGGGGCUGUGGCUGCUAAAUCCCGCCUCACUUCUCCUCACAGCCCCACAACAAACCCUGGCACUGUGCGUGAAGUAUAGAGAGUACACCUCACAAACUACACCCCAGUCUCACACCCCCUAACACAGCCACUACAGUGAAAACCAUAAAGCAGCCAGCUGAGAUAACCAUUGGUCCCCUCCCCUCGGUCCAUCCAGCUUUAUCCCACAUAUCCCCUGCUCUAGUUUCUGUAUUCCCUGAAAAGGCCCCAUCUCUCUUGUGUACUGUGGCCUUCACCCCAUGGUCAUUAUUUUAGGUCAUUGUGUUCAUUCAGAGUGUAAUUAAUGAAAAUAUAAUAGUUUAAGACUCAAACAGAGCAGAAGGUGCUUUUGUUUUGGAUGCCCCCUGGCUAGGUGCUCCGCUUCGAAUGUAUUCAUUGGACUAAACUUCUCAGAAUCCAAAACCAGACAGAAAACAGCACCCCAAAACCUGAAAAACAAAAUCCACAUUUUUGCUGUCAUAUCCUUGAUCAAAAUCUAGAUGUAACUGUAAUUAAUGAAAUCAGAUGACAUCAUCCAGACAAUCACAAAACUGAGUUAUUCUGCUGCUUUGGCCUUUUGCUUCCUUAUUUCCCUGACCUCCAUGCUUUACUCUGUGACACUGAAGAUGCAAUUUUGCCAUGUCCUCCGAAUAAUUGUGCGCUACUAUUUUUGAGACUUUCUUAAUUAACCACUACUGCUUAUGGGAAAGAGAAGGUGAAAAGUAUGAGAUUCUGCUCCAAACAAUGUUAGAGUAAUGUUGUGCUCUAGGAUGUUUGUCUGGGAGGAAGUCGUAUAACACUAAUGACACUGACACGCGUCAUGUGAUCUGCUCUGGCAUGUCCCCGCUCACCCCUCUGUGCUCCCUUCCUACUCAUUGUUCUUCCAACCCGAUUGCACCAGGCUUCAACAGUGUCCUGUAAUCUGGAUGUGCCAGUGUAAACUGCCUGCAUUCCUUGCAUGAUGUUACUGUACUGUUCUUACAUCUAAGUUACUGUCUAUGAAGUAGCCUAAUUAAAGCGAGGUGAUUGGCCAAGCAUGACACCCAUGCUAAUUAAUUUUCCAAAUCAUAUGCUUAAACAGAAAGACAAAUGGUGCACCUAAAGCAUGUACAGUGCAUUCCAUUGUACUGCUUGGAUGGCUUCAGUAGAAAAAAUAUGCAUCUCCAACUGGACUGGAGAGACAUGCAUCUCCCUGUUCUCCAGUCCUCUGUUACUCACAGACACUGCCAUUUCCCUAUCACUAGCCCCACACUGUUCACUGGUCCUCUGUUACUCACAGACACUGCCAUUUCCCUAUCACUAGCCCCACACUGUUCACUGGUCCUCUGUUACUCACAGACACUGCCAUUUACCUAUCACUAGCCCCACACUGUUCAUUGGUCCUCUGUUACUCACAGACACUGCCAUUUCCCUAUCACUAGCCCCACACUGUUCAUUGGUCCUGUUACUCACAGACACUGCCAUUUCCCUAUCACUAGCCCCACACUGUUCACUGGUCCUCUGUUACUCACAGACACUGCCAUUUCCCUAUCACUAGCCCCACACUGUUCACUGGUCCUCUGUUACUCACAGACACUGCCAUUUCCCUAUCACUAGCCCCACACUGUUCACUGGUCCUCUGUUACUCACAGACACUGCCAUUUACCUAUCACUAGCCCCACACUGUUCAUUGGUCCUCUGUUACUCACAGACACUGCCAUUUCCCUAUCACUAGCCCCACACUGUUCAUUGGUCCUGUUACUCACAGACACUGCCAUUUCCCUAUCACUAGCCCCACACUGUUCACUGGUCCUCUGUUACUCACAGACACUGCCAUUUCCCUAUCACUAGCCCCACACUGUUCACUGGUCCUCUGUUACUCACAGACACUGCCAUUUACCUAUCACUAGCCCCACACUGUUCACUGGUCCUCUGUUACUCACAGACACUGCCAUUUCCCUAUCACUAGCCCCACACUGUUCACUGGUCCUCUGUUACUCACAGACACUGCCAUUUCCCUAUCACUAGCCCCACACUGUUCACUGGUCCUCUGUUACUCACAGACACUGCCAUUUCCCUAUCACUAGCCCCACACUGUUCACUGGUCCUCUGUUACUCACAGACACUGCCAUUUACCUAUCACUAGCCCCACACUGUUCAUUGGUCCUCUGUUACUCACAGACACUGCCAUUUCCCUAUCACUAGCCCCACACUGUUCAUUGGUCCUGUUACUCACAGACACUGCCAUUUCCCUAUCACUAGCCCCACACUGUUCACUGGUCCUCUGUUACUCACAGACACUGCCAUUUCCCUAUCACUAGCCCCACACUGUUCACUGGUCCUCUGUUACUCACAGACACUGCCAUUUCCCUAUCACUAGCCCCACACUGUUCACUGGUCCUCUGUUACUCACAGACACUGCCAUUUACCUAUCACUAGCCCCACACUGUUCAUUGGUCCUCUGUUACUCACAGACACUGCCAUUUCCCUAUCACUAGCCCCACACUGUUCAUUGGUCCUGUUACUCACAGACACUGCCAUUUCC